CUUUGCCUUCGAGGAUACCUGGAUCAAUCAUGCAAAUAGAGACAUGUUAUGUGGUAAACGAAAUCCUACAAUAGGUUGCGAAUAACGACAACCGGUCCAGUUAGUAUUGCGGAAAGCCAUAGAACGUCAGCACACAGGCUUGGACUAUUAUUUUAUUUACACAUCCCUUGCCGUCUUUGUACCCAUUUGUUAUUUAGCACCAGAAAAGAAGCGCGGCCGCGGAGCUCCUGAUAAGCAUUUUCGCGGCAUAGUGUGAUGGCUCCUAAAAAGAAGGCAGGAGGGAAAAAGAAAAAGAAGGACGACGGAGCUGAGCCACCCCACGACGCUAGCUGGGAGAGGGCUGUUGAAAGUGGAGUAUGGGAGAAACCUGUUACAGACUUGCCGGACGCUAACACCUGGCCAACCUGGGGUGCGUUGCGCGAGCGCGUCCUCACAGCGUGCAGAGAGAUUAAGGUGCACAACACCGCCUCGCUGCGUGACGCCUUCGCCAACGAGCUGGUGAAGCUCUCGCCGCCCGAGCUGACGCUGGUGGACCUGCGCGGCUCCUCCAACCUGCGCAACUUCGUGCUUUCGCCCAUGACCACCUGCCCCAAGCUCUCCGACCUGGACCUCUCCGAGUGCUCCGGGCUGGAGUACGUGCUGCUGCAGAGCCAGACGCUGCGCUCCGUGAACCUGCGCAAGUGCGGCGGCCUCACCAAGGCGCUCAUACACUGCCCUCGGCUGAACAAGCUAGGUAUCACGGACUGCGGACAGCUGGAGACGGUUAUGCUGUGGACGGACGAGCUCACGGAGCUGGACCUCACGGGCUGCAACAACCUGUCCGUGGUCAAGCUGCAGUGCCCCAACCUGCUGGACUCCAAGAUUCCGCCGCUCAACACUCCCCCCGCGCACGUCAAGCCCAGCCACCCGCCCAUCUCCCUGCUUCUCAAGGAGAACCUCACAGCGGCGGCUCACAAGGCCGCCAGCGAAAAGGAGCAGCUGAGCGCCAUCAAGGACACGUCGGACUCCAUGAUCCCGCACGUCUUCCGGCCCUUUUAGGGGGCGUGUACUUAUUAGUCCAACUCAGAUGGACACGCUGCUAUAAGAUCUAGGCAAUUAGGUAGGCAACCCAACUCGAGAUCCGGCAUUUUCGUUGCGUUCACAUGGUUGUAGGGCCAUGGAGGUUA